UGUGUUCCGCGGAACCCUAGGGUUCCGUGAUACCUCUGUCGGGGUUCCGCAAGAAUUUAGAAAAAAAAAAUCAAAACACCUCUCUGUGGUCGCUCCGCGGCCGCGCGGAGACAAAGCGCUAUGAGUGUUAUUUAUUUAUUUAUUUGUAUUUAUAGAAACAUGUGUUACAAUAGCUGGUACAAUAUCUCAUAAGUUUGGUAUCAACAAUUUAAUACUUGUACAACCCGUUCGCUCUAAGUUUGCCGGUCUGUGGAAUGCGCGCACCCACCCCCACGUGACAACAAAACUUAUAAUGUGUCAUAGUUUUACCCAAAUAUGUACGUACACAAUUUUUAUUGUUACAGUUAAAUAAAAAAUAUUUUUUUAUUAUGUUGACGCCGAAGCUAAUAUGAGACUCCAACUUUCUUCCAUCAAACCUGAUAUCAACCAAUUGAUGAAAAAUAAAAACAGUUUCAUGCCUCCCACUAGUUAGAUUUUUUCUUUUUAAUGUUUUCUAUUAUUGUCCUUGCCAAGUGGUGAAGUAAAUAAUAAUUAGUAACUGUUACAUUGUACUUUUAUUAUGCUGAUUAAUAAAAAAAACACUUAUAAAAACAAUUGUUUUAUUGUAGGGUUCCAUCAAAUAUUUUGCUUCACAAAAGGGUUCCGUCAUUUAAAAAGUUUGAGAACCACUGAGCUAGCGUAUAACGGAAUGAAGUAUGCGGCGCGCGUUCUUGAAUAUUAUCGAAAAGUUUACAUAGAAAUUUAUUUAUGAUUCUAUUUAAUAGCAUUUAAAGUAACAUAAAGAACCGUUGUUCGUUUAUAACUUAGUUAUAAACCGUUCGUUUCGUUCGUUCGUUCGUUUUAGUUGUGUAAUCACGUACGCAACAUAUACUUAUAUCGUUAGUUAUUCCAAUUGAAAAUGGAACAAUCAAAGAAAAAAAGGGGCGAAAAUUGGACUUUUGAAGAAAAGGAAAUACUACGUCAACUUAUUUCGGAGUCAGCUCACAUAUUAGAAAAUAAAUCAACUAAGACGAAUACCAAUAUGUUGAAAUCUAAAGAAUGGCAAAAUAUAACAAAUAAACUGAACGAACUUAUGGGAAGAAAUCGAACUAAUGGAGAGAUCAAAUUGGCUUGGAAGCGGAUGAAAUUGGCAGCCAAAGCCAACUUCUCUCUCCACAGAAGAGAACAAUCUCAGACGGGAAGUGGCAAAAAACCCCCGUCACCUUCUCCAGAGGACUUGGCAGCCAUGUCUAUUGCUCCUCAUAGAUUUUGCUUUAGAUGUGAAUAA